AUGUGUAAAGCUGGAUUUGCAGGGGACGAUGCGCCAAGAGCUGUUUUCCCUUCAAUUGUAGGUAGACCAAGACACCAAGGUAUCAUGGUUGGUAUGGGUCAAAAGGAUUCCUAUGUCGGUGAUGAGGCUCAAUCAAAGAGAGGUAUCUUAACCUUGAGAUAUCCAAUUGAGCAUGGUAUUGUUACUAACUGGGACGAUAUGGAAAAGAUUUGGCACCACACUUUCUACAACGAAUUGAGAGUUGCACCAGAAGAACAUCCAGUUUUGUUGACUGAAGCACCAUUAAACCCGAAAUCUAAUAGAGAAAAGAUGACUCAAAUCAUGUUUGAAACUUUUAACGUUCCAGCAUUUUACGUUUCGAUUCAAGCUGUUUUGUCAUUGUAUUCUUCUGGUAGAACUACCGGUAUUGUUUUGGAUUCUGGUGAUGGUGUCACUCACGUUGUCCCAAUCUACGCUGGUUUCUCAUUACCUCAUGGUAUCUUAAGAAUUGACUUAGCUGGUAGAGAUUUGACCGACUACUUGAUGAAGAUCUUGAUUGAACGUGGUUACUCUUUCUCUACGACUGCCGAGAGAGAAAUUGUUCGUGAUAUCAAGGAGAAGUUGUGUUACGUCGCUUUAGAUUUCGAACAAGAAAUGCAAACUUCAUCUCAAUCAUCUGCUAUCGAAAAGUCUUAUGAAUUACCAGAUGGUCAAGUUAUCACUAUCGGUAAUGAAAGAUUUAGAGCUCCGGAAGCUUUGUUUAGACCUUCUGAUUUAGGUUUAGAAGCUGCUGGUAUUGACCAAACUACCUUUAAUUCGAUUAUCAAGUGUGACGUUGAUGUCCGUAAGGAUUUGUAUGGUAAUAUAGUUAUGUCUGGUGGUACAACUAUGUUCCCAGGUAUUGCUGAACGUAUGCAGAAGGAAAUUACUGCUUUGGCCCCAUCCUCAAUGAAAGUUAAAAUUAUUGCUCCUCCAGAAAGAAAAUACUCUGUCUGGAUCGGUGGUUCGAUUUUGGCCUCUUUGUCGACUUUCCAACAAAUGUGGAUUUCGAAACAAGAAUAUGACGAAUCUGGUCCUUCAAUCGUUCAUCUUAAAUGUUUCUAA